UUUGUACAUCAGCACUCAUCCACGCGCAGCAGCAGUUAGCUCAGUUUCGCCGUGUUACGGAAGGUCAUCAGCCCCGGUGCCUCUUACUCUGUGAAGAAUUACGGUGUGAAAAGGCCUUUACAAGAAACACAAUGGACAGUUUUGAUAACUUCAGUGCGUCGGAAAAAGCAGAAGCUACAGAACUCCAGCGAUUGAUUGCAGUCGAACAACAAAAGGCUCAGUUCCAAGCUCAGGUACACACCUUCACUGAUGUCUGUUGGGACAAGUGCGUGCAGAGCCCCGGAUCGAAGUUGGACAACCGGACAGAGAUGUGCCUUGUGAACUGUGUGGAGCGAUUCAUUGACACAACCUUGAGCAUCACCAACCGCUUCAGUCAGAUGGUGCAGAAAGGCACUCAUUAAUGAUGGACUGCAGACCUUUUAUUAGAUUGUAUUCGAGCAUAUGAAGUUGUGUUGUGUCCCAAACAUGUUUGUUGGGUAGGGACAACAUCAGUUCAUGUGUCCUGCUGUCAGGCAUGUCUGUAGCUGCGUGUUUGAGUUGAAAUUUUCAGAACACCCCCACCAGUAAAUGUUGGAAGAGAAAAUAUUGUCAGAAUGCUUAUUGAUAAAUGCUGAGAGAACUUUUUAAUGUUA